GCUGAUAACCGUAGUAUACUUACAUACAAGGUAUGAUAUAUUGAAUCGUAGCCCAAGGUAUUUUAAACUGUAGGUAAAUUAUUUAGAAUGAUGUUAAACUCGAUUCGUAAUUUGACUGUGGCUUUAUUCAAAACUGCAGGCAAUUUCCCUGCUUCAAGAGAAAUUCUAAGAAGAACUGAAAGAAGUAUAUCAACCAGCUUUAUAAAAUGUAAUGAAACGUCAACUGAAGGGGCACUUGAUGAAAUUAAACGAGAUCCCCUUAAAGAUAGAUCUACAGUUAUACCAGUUGAAACUAGUAUUGACUAUUUGAAAAGUGAUGCAUACAAAACUACUUAUGGAGAUAAUCCUGUUUGGAAAGAAUACCGUAGAAACCAUAAAGGCAGUAUUCCACCAAAUAAAACUAGAAAAACAUGCAUUAGAGCUGAUAAAAUUUCUACGGGUAAUCCUUGUCCUAUAUGCCGAGAUGAAUAUUUAGUUUUGGAUUACAGGAAUGUUGAUUUAAUUAAGCAAUUUAUAAGUACUAAUUCAGGUCAAGUGUUAUCUUACAAGCUAACAGGAAUUUGUCAAAAACAAUAUGUAAAAUUGCUCGUUGCUGUAAAAAAAGCCAAAGACUGGGGAUUUAUUAAAUUUGAUGUUCCCAUUAAAAAUUACAAUUAUGAUGAGUAUAAAAAUGAUAAAUAAACUGGUUUAUUGGAUAGAUAAAUAUUGUUGAUUGUCAAUAAAAUCAUAAUUAUUUAAGUUUUAUCUCUAUUUUUGUUUAACUUAUAUUUAUAACGUUCUUAGUUUUUAUAAAAAAAAUAUAAAAUGUGUUAUCACAGCUUAUAAAUUAAAUAUAUACUCUAUCUUUCAUGGUUU